GAAAGUCUCGUUGGUGCGGUAGUUUUGAGACGUUACAGUACUUUGGCGCUGAAUAAGUUGGUACAGACAUGCUGCACUUGGACCCUGCUCUUUUUGAAGAUGUACCGUCUUCCUCGAAUACUUCAAUGGAGUACGAAACUGUUGAUGAUGAAAUACCAAUAGAUCUUGCCACCUACAUUGCAAAUUAUCAGGGAUAUAUAUAUUAUCAGCGCCUAUUUUUUAUCGCUCACCGCUGCCCUUCACUUCGAGUUACAGCGCUGCGCCUGGCUCAUGACUAUAUUAAAAAGUCAACACUAGACACGUCGGCGUAUAAUCGAGUCUUCCUAAUGUUGGCUGAACAGACAAAUCUUACUGUUAAUUCAUCAGCAUCCGGUGAAACAUCUAGACAACAAUCUGUUCCUGCAAUGCGAGCUGUCACAAACAAUCAUAUCGCAGAUGGCUUGUCUAGUUCAGGCGAAUCAGCAGCAUUAGGAUCCUCUCUAACAGAAGCUGCCCGGAAUGCUUUGACUGAAGUAAUGUCUGGGAAAAAUGAAGCUAAUCUGGUGUAUGAUGCGAAGUGGGAGGAAUCAACGCGACGGAAAGGAGUCAUGCUUUUGGAACAACUAGAUACAGAGCUGAAAAAUCAUAAAGCGAAUUCGAUUAAAGAGAGCAUACGUCGUGGGUCAGAUGAUCUUGGGGAUUUGUAUCUACAGUUAGGUCAAUUAAGCAAUGCGAACAAGUGCUUUGCUCGUUCCCGAGAUUAUUGUACAUCUCAACACCAAGAGUUAACCAUGUGUUUGAAUGUUAUCAAGGUAGCUAUAUUUCAGCGUGCUUGGUCUCAUGUUAGCGCACAUGUUACCCGGGCCAACAGUUUAUCUGAAUUACGUGAUACAAAUUCACUGACAGGUGCGAAUGCAUCUGAAUUAAACGCUCAGCAACGGAAUCGUACCGACACAACAUCUCGGCUGGGUACACGAACAACAGCCUCCGGAACAUCAGGUUCAAUGAGACUAGGCGAAUCCAUGGCACGUAGUGGUUCUUCUAGUCUUUUGGAUCCUACAGGUCGAGUUUUAUCUCGACAACCCAGUGACAGCCACCUAGGACAAGCGCCUAUGACUGGUGGACAAAGUUAUCGUGACGCUUUAGCCCAAGCCCGGACUCAGUUAGCUAUCGCAGCUGGAUUAGUUGAAUUGGCUUCUCGUAAUUAUAGAGGUGCUGUUAUGCAUUUCCUUCAAGUUAAUCCUGAUCAUUGUGAAUCACCUAUAAGUCGAAUUGUAACUGUAUCAGAUUUAGCAUUUUUCAUAACACUAUGCAGUUUAGCUACUUUUGAGCGUACAGAAUUAGCAACAUUGGUUCUUGGCAGUACAUCUUUACGCUUACUCUUAGAAGCUGAACCUGCUUGUCGUGAUAUGCUGCAAUCAUUUCAUCAAGCUGACUAUGCAGCAUGUUUAGGUCGUUUAAAUAAAUUACGCAAUUUUUUAAAACUGGAUAUAUUUUUAUCUGAUCAUGUAACUACACUAUGCAAAGAGAUUCGAUCACGUGCCCUUUGUCAGUACUUCAGUCCGUAUUCUUCCGCUGAUUUAAAUCAUAUGGCUAAAGCAUUUGAUACAAAUGUGGCCGGUUUAGAAAAUGAACUUGCUGUACUUAUACAAGAUGGCAGUAUUAAAGCUCGUAUUGAUUCACAUAAACAGCUUCUCCGUGUAUUAGACGUGGAUCAACGUUGUUUGACGUUUGCUCGAGCUAUACGUCUUGUCGAUGAAUACAAAAAUCGUGCACAGUCAAUGAUAAUUCGAAUGGCGUUAGCUCGUCAAAAGUUUUUAAUCAAGCCUAAAAGAGGAGACGAUGCUGAUCCAAUGUAUCAUUAUAUGUCUUGAAACAAUCUCCUUAACCACCUAUAACACAAGUUAUAGUGCAUUACCACUGUUCUCUACCCCUGUGAUUGCUUGUUCAAUAGACUAGAAGAUUUAUUCACUUUGGCAUAUGUGUGUACAAUCAAAAUAUCUUCUUCAACAUAUACGGAAAUAAAUACUGGAGAAGAGAUUUCACUUUGUUUUAUCUUCAAAUUAGUGUCAUAUACACUAAAAGAUACAAGUAAUUUACAGACGUGCAUGCUUUUUGUGAUGUGCUCACACUAUCGUCGCCUUGUAAUUGUUUCGUCUUUAUACACUCGAAUAAAAAACACAUACCUGCACACACGUACACACACACACACACUCCGUAAACACUAAACCCAUCACAAUUCUGUUACCAUUUGUACUUAUUUCUCAUGUUGAAUAUGUAUUGUAAAAUUGUCUAUUCCAAUGUACCCGUCUGUCUGCUGUCCUUCUGUUUUAAAUGUUUACAGACUUUUCAUUGCUGAUUUAGGGAAAUAAACAGGUCGUAAAUGCUUAAGGGUAUAUAUAUAUAUAAUGCCUGUCGAACAUUUUGCAAUUGAUACAAUAUUCUUGUAUUGUAUUUACUUACCCCUGUGUUGAUUUGUAUAAAAGUUUGUUGAGAAUAUAAACUCUUUUCUUAAAAACGGUUUAUUUCCCUUUUAUUAUUUACCAGUUCAAUAAGUUUAAUGUCCCCCCUCUCUCUCUCUCCGAUUCCCUAUUUUGUUAAACAAUGUUAGUUUAUGUUCAUGAAUGCAUGGACAACACUAACCAGGCGAACUAUUGACUUAUAGUACAUUAU